AAAUAUAUGAUGCUUCUUAGCUCUUACUACUUAAAUCCGUGUCCCCGCAUCCGUCACUCUCUUCACGUCUGUCAUAAUGUGACUCUCGCUGACACCGACCACCGUAUAUUCAUUAAUUCCUUUUCAUUUUUUAUUUUAAAUUAAAUUAAUAAUAACCACUUUCUCUCUCUUCUCUGUACAUUUAUUAUAAAACAUUUUCUUUCUCUCUCUUCCAUGGUGGAACACGGUGGAGCCAAACUCACCGGAACUACAAGAAAGAAGAUCGGAAACCAGAAACUCAAAUUCACAAAACUAUCACUAAAUCUAGUGUCUAUCAAUUGCUGAAUUCGUAUCUCAAGAAUCAAAAUGCCACUCUCCAAGUACCUUAUAAGGAACGAGUUCAGUUUAGCGGAUCCCGAACUUUACCGUGCUGCUGACAAAGAUGAUCCUGAAGCUCUUCUUGAAGCUGUUGCUAUGGCUGGACUCGUCGGACUUCUACGUCAGCUCGGUGACCUUGCUGAGUUUGCUGCUGAGAUCUUCCAUGAUUUACAUGAAGAAGUAAUGGCUACUGCUGCAAGAGGCCACAGUCUUACUGCUCGUGUUAAACAGCUUGAGUCUGAAGUUCCUUCACUUGAAAAGGCCUUUUUCUCUCAAACUCAUCAUUCAUCAUUCUUUACUAAUGGAGGGAUUGAUUGGCAUCCCAAUCUUCAGUCUGAACAAAAUCUCGUUACUCGUGGAAACUUUCCUCGAAUGAUAAUGGAUUCAUAUGAAGAAUGCCGUGGUCCCCCAAGGCUGUUCCUUCUGGACAAGUUUGAUGUGGCUGGGGCUGGGGCAUGUCUGAAACGUUAUACUGAUCCAUCGUUCUUUAAGAUGGAGUCAACUUCAUCUGUAAGAGCCACAGUACAAGUCCACAAGGAAAAGAGGAUUCGUAAAGUCAAGCACAAGAAAGGAGCACGAGUGAGGGAUAAUGAAGCUCCUAAUGCUGUACCUACACAUUCAAAAUUACAUCAGCUUCUUCUUGAGGAACGUAUUGAGAAUGGUUAUAGUAAUCCAGCGCGCCUAGUGAAGUUGAAGAGAAGACAAUUGAAUGGACCAGCUGUUGAAACAAAAGCUGGGAAAAGUUACAUGGAGAAAUUUCUAGAAACUCCUUCACCUGAUCCUAAAAUGAUUUAUGAAACUUCAAUCUUUCCGCUGCUCGUGAAACCGUCAUCAGAUGAUUCUAGCGAAGCAGGGAUUAGAAUUCUUGAAAUCAGUAGCAUCCGUCCUUUGAAAAAAUCAAUCGGAGAUAAAAACACAUGUUCAUAUUCAUCCCCUAAUGAGCAGGAAUUUGAACUAAAUCAAUUUCCAGAAGAGGUUGGUGAGACAAAUGGAGAUCUUGUGAUGGUGAAAGAACAAAUCCCAGUGGGUGUAGGAGAUGAAAAGCCUUUUAAUGAUGUCAAGGUGUCUGAUGAAACAGAAUUGGCAAUCAAUGAACAAAAGAAAAUAGAUGGCAGCUUAGAUAGGUACCAUUCUGAUGAUGUGACUAGUGAGGUUGACAACUACAUGGAUGCUUUAACUACCAUGGAGUCAGAAUUGGAAACCGAUGAUGAGUAUAAACCUAAGAAAAGCUUGAGUGUUCGAAAGGUAAGAAAUACUAAUAAUAAAAAACGUCAACUACAAGCUCAGUUUUCAGAUUCUCGGUCAUUGGCAGACUCAUCAACAUCUGAUGACAAUAGCUCAUUCAAACAUCAGAGAAAUGAGGAUAUUGAAGUAAAAUCUCGGUUAUCAGAUUCUCACUCAACUGGAACCUCCUCAACAUCAGAAAAUAAUAGCUCAUUCAGGGGAUACGAAGAUGAGCACGUGGAACUGCAAGCUCACUUUUCAGAUUCUCAAUCUAUUGGAAACUCCUCUACGUCAGAUUUAAAUAGUUCUUCCAAGAAAAGCAAAUCUUAUGUCCCUCAUUAUGGACCAGAAAUUGAAGGCACACCAUCCAACCAGCUUCCUAAAAUUGUUGAAUUUCAAAACACAGACAGUAGAAAGUUUGUCAUGCGUGAUGAUGCACGUGUUCAUGAUGAAGAGGUUUCUGACUCUGGGAAAACAUAUUCUGAUUUGUUGACUUCAAGAAAGGUGUCGUGUUCUGAUCUUGAACCUACCAAACCAGGGAUACUACCUGCAGCGACCCAGUCAGAUGAGACCGUUUCUGACAAAGUUGAACUUAAUAUAAGAUUAGGCAAUGAUGUGGACAGAACAUGUCUUGUAGAAUCUGUUGCUUCCAAACCUUCAUCUCCUUCCCUAAUAAAAGAUGAUACUUUCCCGGUGGAUUCUUCUGAUAAAAUUUCAUCGGACAACUUGGUUGAUGAUGAUCCACAUAUUCGUUCUCGUGAUCUGUUACAAGUUUCUAAUGAUUCACAAGAAGAUUCCCUUUGCCCAUCCAUUGAAGAGUUAGACUUGAAUUCAGGUCUUAAUGCGGUGCUUGAUCGUCAAGGCUCAAAAGAUGAGGAUUGUAUUAAUAUUGCACCCCAACUUAAUCCAACUGCUGUGAAGGUUCCUCCAGUGAGUUUCUUUACUGGCGAGCUAACUUCUGGUUUAACUCAAAGUAAUCCACAGGGUGAACAAGACUCAACCGAAAUUGAAGUUUCGUUCUCUGAUCGUCAAUCAAACUAUGGAAAUAUACCAAAAACGGUGCAUGGUGAUGAAAUAAUUGGAUCCUGCAGCAGUGUUGAUCCAGUUGAAGGUGAUGAUGGUCAUUUUAAAAAUCCACCUUCUCCUUAUAAUCAUGUGAUGGUAAAUGAUGAUCUCAGUGAAAUUCUUGAGUCGAAAGAUGUCCCUGCUUCUUCAAAUUCUUAUCAGACGGAAUGCAGUGACGUUGAACUGACUCAUAUUUCCAUGGCCACGAAUACAGAGACGAGCAAGAAUCAAUUGGCACCAUCGUUAGAUACAACAUCAUCCGAUAUCAUAUAUUCUCCAAUGAGUAAUGUUACAAAACUUGAAGAAUCUCUUUCUACUUUUGCAAAUUCAAAUGAGAAAGAGACGGAAGUCCACGAGGAAGUUGCUAGAGAAUCUUCCACAGAGCUAGAGGGACAGAAGAUUGCGGGUCAUCCAGAAAUUGUUUCUGCAGAUGUACAAAUGAAUCUGAACAAAUCGCUGCCCUGUGAUAUUCAAGAUUUGGAAAAUAAUAUUGAAAACUCAUCUCCUAGGGAGCAAAUCCAACAGAGUGCUGUUUUGGAUGAUGUGAAAAUGGGGCCUGACUUUUCUGGGUUUGACACUCCACAGUCAGAAUCUAUGAGUUGUGGCCAGAAUGAUCUUUUACAGAAUGGCAGAGAUAGUUUUUCAUCACCACCUUAUAAUAAGUUGGAGUCUCAAAAUUAUUUAGAGCCCCACUUACCAUCUCAAGUUGGUGAACAGGAUGGAGAGUUUCCGCUCAAAUAUGAGGAAAACUUUGCCUCUGAGAAAUCUCAGCAGAUGCAGAUAUAUCAAUUGGAGCAAGAAGGCACUCAUGCUACUUCUGAAUCUGUUUCAGAAAACCCUGCAGAUGAAUCAUCAUCAUCAUUUUAUUCUUCACCACAGUCAUCUGGCUUGGAGAUUAAUCCUACACAAUAUGUCAUGGAUCCAUUGAAGCCUCUUCCUGACCUCUUUCCCAAGACAACUGAAGACAAACUUGAUGAGAUGCCACCUAUGCCUCCUCUACCUCCUAUGCAAUGGAGAAUGGGCAAGGUUCAACAUACUUCCCAAGAUUCGCAUGAGGAGUUAAAAGUGCAUCAGCCUUCUGUCCAAUCAAUGCAGCCAAUUAUGCCCGAUAAGAAGUCUCAGUUUGGUUUUCCAGCUUCUGUUGGAGAGACCUUAUUUCAUCAGAAUCCAUUUUUGCCUGUCAUGGCUUUGGGAAGUGAUAAGCUCCAACAUUCUUCUGGGUUUUCUGUGGGUGUUUCAGGGCAUCCUGUUGCUGUACCUUUUCAGUUUCCUAUCAUGGUUGAUGACACAACCGGACAGUAUAAUUACGUAGUGCUGGACGGAAGCCAGAUUCAGAACCCCUUUUUAUCACUGCCCAUGGUACCUACAGCUGUGCAUCCACCACGUGGUUACAUUGUUCCUUCUGAGGGAGAAAUGGCACAGAAUUCAAACCCAUAUGCACCAACACUACCUGCUGCAUUUACUGUAUCUGGACAUCAUUCCACGUUUCCACAAAUGGAACCAUUUCAAUAUCCAAGUCAAUUAAUGACAGAGACUAGUGCAGAUGAUAAAACACUUGAGCAGCCUAUAGAUAAUGUAGUAUCUAGGGAUGGGCCUCCAAACAAUCAUGUUAUUGCAUCUGAGGGAGAAUUGGUACAUAAUUCAAACUCGUUCCUUCCAAUACCACCUGCCGAAUGUGCUAAUUCGGGACAUGAUUCCAUCUCUCCUAUAGAAACUCAAUCUCCUAGUCAAUUAACGGCAGAGACUAGUUCAGAUGAUACAACACUUCUGCAGCAUAUGAGUAAUGUUGUAUCUAUGGACAGGCCUACACACAGUCACAUUGUCACUCCUGAGGAAGAAAUGGUACAAAGUUCUAAUCCGUGCCCUACUAUAUCAUCUGCUGAAUCUGCUGUUUCUGAACAUGAUUCCAUCUCUCCACAAGAAAAACCAACUCAACCUCCAAGUCAGUUACCAGCGGAGACUAGUUCGGAAGUUAAACCCCCUAAUCAUUCUGUAAGUAAUGCAGAAGGGGCACAGGGACAAUUGGGUAUUUCACUCAUGUUGCCACCAAAUAUGGAGAGUGUGGAUCCCAAUCAGAGUUUCCGGCUCUUUGAGGGGGAAAUGUCGUCAUGGGAUCCAUCUGGUCAAACAUCAGAUUUUGAGAGUGAAAGGACAAAUGUGAAAUCAAAACACAAAAUUCCUCGUCCUCGAAAUCCUCUGAUUGAUGCUGUUGCUGCUCACGACAAAAGCAAGCUUAGGAGGGCUACUGAACGGGUUAUGCCUGAAAUAGGACCAAAGGUAGAUGAAAGAGAUUCAUGGUUAGAACAGAUAAGAACAAAGUCCUUCAACUUGAAGCCUGCUGUGGCCACACGACCUAGAACUCAAGGUCCAAAAACAAAUAUGAAGCUUGCUGCUAUCUUGGAGAAAGCUAAUUCAAUUCGCCAGGCUCUGGCUGGAAGUGAUGAAGAUGAUGACGCGGACAGUUGGAGUGAUUCUUGAAUUUACUCUGGAAGGUGUUAUCGGCUGGUAGAUAUUUUGAUAUUCUGGUUCCGUCUUUGAACCAAGAAAUCUCCAUGAAGUCAUAUUCUAGUUCUUGUAUGACAUCAAUUAGAUCCUCCUCUUGGUUCUCUUUCUUCACAUAUUUAUGCAUGAACAUUGGUCCUAGCGUGCAAAUUAGCAUCAAUGCAGGUCCGUUUUGGGAGGUGAAUUCACUUCACUUGAGACAGAUAAGGCGCAGCGUGCAAGCACUGUACCAGUCCAAAUUCAAUCCAUCAACAAAUAACCACAUGUAUACCGUUCAUAUAUUAUAAGCAAAUGUAUAUUUGUAUUUGUCAUGAAUAUCCAAAUUUUGAAAUUCUGUAAUUUAGUGUUUCGUGCUAGUUGCCCCAGAUAUUGUAGUUCAUCUGUGUGUCCAGUGUAGCAAAAUCAUUAUAGUGUACAGUUUCUAUCGUUACCUAUGUUCAUUUAUACACUCUUUAUGAGUACUGUUCAUUGCAUAAUAUAUUAGAUUAAUCCCAAAUGACUAGUUUUUUUU